CGAAGCCCACCAAACCACCACCGUCAUGUCCCCCGACGACCUCUUCGAAGGCCUUCCUCCGCCCGCCGCCGCCCCGCCCGGCGGCGCGGCCUCCCUCGCGCCCCCUCCUCCUCCGGCGCUGCCGCUGCCGCCGCCGCCGAAGCCCGCGCUGAAGAGCUCCCUCAAGCGGAGCAAGCCCUCCUCCUCCGACACUACUACCUCUCCCGCUCCCGCCCCCGCGGCUGCCGCGCCCGAAGCCCAUGUUCCCGAGAAACGUCUUCGGUUCAGAACAACUGUUGAUGCUUCAGAAACGCAAAUACUUGAGGCUAUGCAGAAGAUAACUUCGCACAUAGGGAAACCUUCUAAAUUCAGCAAGGCAUCAAAAUUAGCUCUGCAGCUUAUUGAAGCUGGAAGUGUCAAGCCUGGGACAAUCAACCACUUCUUUGCCAUACUAGAAGCUUCAAUGUCUUCCCCAGGAGCAUGCAAUGAACCUUCUGUACGAGCAGAUUACCACGCACUAUUCAGUGCUGCUCAGGGUGUGACAGAGUUAUUCAGCCAACAGCAGAAAAAUCAAUUCGAUAUAUGGGUGCUGCAUGCAGUGGUGGCCAAUGAUCUUUUCACUGAUGACAGUUUUGUGUUCUCCAAGGCUGUUGGAAAGAUCAAAGAUGCCAUCUCAGCUCUGCCAGUGGCGACGGUGGAUGAUGACAAUGAUGAAGCCGCAGCUCUUGCAGCUGCAAGCAAAACUGACAUGACGACAGAGAAUAAAGCAGGUGAUAGUGUUCCAACUGCAGCAUCCAACUCUCUGCCAGAUGAUAGCACAUAUGCUGCAGCCUCAGGGUCAGGAGAAGAAUCGUCUGAUCCUUUUGGUUUAGAUGAUCUCCUUGCAAACAAGCCAAAGAAGUCUGAGAGAGCUCGAGAGAAGGAAGUUGCAGCUCUGAACAGUAAAGCGGAUGCGGAUGAUUCAAAGAGAGUUCUGAGGUCACAGCAGGAGGCCCUUCUGAAAUGUCUAGAAAUAGCUGCUCGGCGUUACAGAAUUCCAUGGACGCAAACUACCAUUGACAUCUUCGCGAAGCAUGCUUACGACAACGUGAACCGGUUCACACUGCAGCAGAGGGAUGCGAUCGUGAAGUUGUGGAACUCAAUCAAAGAGCAGCAGAUCCGACGGAAGCAGGGCAAGUCGGUGAGCGGGAAGCUUGACGUGAAUGCCUUCGAGUACCUCCAGGAGAAGUACUCCCACGAGAAGAUCAGCAUCCGUCAUGCUGUUGGCGGUGGCGGCGAGCGGCGGGCGACACAGUGGCUCGGCUAAGUCGGGAGGCUGAUGCUUUCUGAUCCUGCUCCUCUGUGGCCUAGCGGCGUGCACAAUCUAAUGUUUGGCCUGCAGAAAACUGUAACAUUAUCUGAUGGGACUGAAUUCAACAAGGACGGCCAUCCCCUCAUCCGUUGGCUCCGUGGAUUUCGGUGUAGAGUGUGUGAUGAAUACGGUGAUGACGCGAGAGUUCCUUUGCUUCAGUGACAAGCUUGCGGCCUUGUACUUUGUUUUUGGUAUAUGAGUUGACAUGUCCAUUCUCAUGAUCUCAUUCUCAUCUGGUUUGUGAGCUGUUGUGACUGAAUGUGAAAGCUGUUGUGUUGAUC